UUCAAGGAGCUGUCCCAGAUUGAAGCCUGUCAGGGUCCAAUGCAAAUGAGGCUGAUUCCCACUCUGGUCAGCAUAAUGUAGGCCCCCACAGAAAAGAUCCCUGCAGGGCUCUGUGCGACAGCCAUUGAUAUCCUGACUACAGUAGAACAAAAUACAAAGCCUCCCCUUUCACAGCUUCUCAUCUGCCAAGCUUUCCCUGCUGUGGCACAGUGUACCCUUCACGCAGAUGACAAUGCCACCAUGCAGAAUGGCGGAGAGUGCUUGUGGGCCUAUGUGUCAGUGACCCUGGAACAAGUUGCCCAGUGGCAUGAUGAGCAGGGCCACAAUGGACUGUGGUAUGUGAUGCAAGUGGUGAGCCAGCUCCUGGAUCCCCAUACCUCAGAGUUCACUGCAGCCUUUGUGGGCAGCCUUGUUUCCACCCUCAACUCCAAGGCAGGGCGGGAGCUGGGGGAGAAUCUAGACCAGAUUCUUCAUGCCAUCCUCAGUAAGAUGCAACAGGCAGAUACUCUCAGUGUCAUGCAGUCUCUGAUCAUGGUGGUCACUCAUCUGGUGCACACUCAGCUAGAACCUCUAUUCCUGUGUAGCCUCCCAGGACCUACUGGCAAACCUGCCCUAGAGUUUGUGAUGGCUGAGUGGACGAGCCGACAGCACCUGUUCUAUGGACAGUAUGAAGGCAAAGUCAGCUCUGUAGAACUCUGUAAGCUGCUCCAGCAUGACAUCAAUGCAGAUGACAAAUGGCUACAGGAUAUUCAUGUGAAGGGAGAGGAGAUCUACAGCAUGGAUGAGGGCAUCCGCACCCGCUCUAAGUCAGCCAAAAACCCAGAACGCUGGACAAACAUUCCUUUGCUGGUCAAGAUCCUAAAGCUGAUCAUUAACGAGCUCUCCAAUGUCAUGGAGGCUAAUGCUGCUCGCCAGGCCACUCCUGCAGAGUGGAGUCAAGAUGACUCCACUGAUAUGUGGGAGGACCAGGAGGAGAAAGAGGAGGAGGAGGAAGAUGGUUUAGCUGGCCAACUUUUAUCUGACACUCUUGCUACAAGUAAAUAUGAGGAGGAUUACUACGAGGAUGAUGAGGAAGAUGACCCUGAUGCCCUGAAGGAUCUUCUCUAUCAGAUUGAUCUGCAGGCAUAUCUGACAGAUUUCCUCUGCCAGUUUGCUCAGCAGCCCUGCUACAUAAUGUUUUCGGGCCACCUUAAUGACAACAGGAGGUGAGUUCUACAAACCAUCAGCAUCUAAAAAGGGGAGCCUUUCUACAUUUGCUCCUUUUGACCCAGCACAAACCAUUUUGCAGCCCUCAGCGGCCUUAAGAUGCACUUUUUUCCUCAACCUAAAGUGGCAUAUUGACCUUUGGCCCUUGGCCUCAGCGGUGACACUGAUGACAACUCAGACCAGGCUCACCAGUGCCGGUCACUUAGGAAUGCUGGAACAAAGGACAUUUUUCAAAGUUCCCGUGAAGACAUUCCAUCUCUGGAACCUUUUUUCUCCCCAACUCUGCCCCAACCUCUGUUCCUAGAGCCCUCUGCUGGCCAGUCCAGAAACGUUAUUGCCCAGAAGAAUUAUGUGUUCAUGGAUUAUUUUGCCCUGCCUCAGGAACACAGGAAGUCACUACCAUUUAUAUUCUAAAACAGACCUAUCUACGUUCAUAGGACUUCUGAUGUGUUCAGAUAGGAAUCCUCAAGAGAGAUCAUUAUGCUUUCUGCCCUGGACCACUGCUGCUCUGGGUUCUCAGGAGGAACAGGCAGGAGCAGCUUCUUUCUAAGCCUUUCCAGUGACCUCUGCCUUGCUUCCCUUCUACAACACUAAGGCUCCUCUGUCAGAGGAGGUCAUCUUGUUUUUGCCUCAUUGCAUGACAUAACCUUUCCUCUUAAGCUGUUCCUAUAUAUACAUGCACACACAAAAUAAGCCAGACAGUUGGCAAUUUGAUUUUCCUUUUUUAGAAAAAAUAAAAUGGGGAAAAGGGAUUUUUUUUUAAUUCACCUGACCCAACUAUAUUUAAUAUGCCUCUCCCACACAUUACCACAGAGUCUGACAUUCAAAAAUUAUCCCCUCUCCCUCGGGAAGUCUCUAAAGUGGUUAAGUUUUAACCCUCAAAUUUGCAACAUGUAUUUUUCUAGGACAGUAAAGUAAUCUUUACAAAUGAAA